AUGCCCACCCCUAUCGCGUCGUCGUUCCCCACACGCCGUCCAUUCUCACCGUCGAUGCAGCGUCAGCGCUCGUACCCUCCACCCUCGCCGACCCCGCCGCAACACUCGUACCCUCCCGCGCCCAUGAUGAUCUCCGAGCCUUAUGCACCUUCGCCUCAAAGGGUCGCCAACACGGACUUCACCCCCCGCUACGCCAGUCAGCUCGCCACGCUGCGCAUGAGGAGCAUGGGCUCGUACGAUGGCUACAGGUCGUCGACGGCGGGUUCGAUGUUGGCGUCGUUCGGAGUGUUUGACUAUUCGUCGUGGUCGGAGGGGGGUCGGUGGACGCCUGAGUCGUCUGCUUCUCCUAUGCUUCCGCCUGCAUCUGUCCACACCCCCGCGCCUGCGACUGGUCCAGUCUAUACCGCUCCGGAGCCAACGACACACUAA